CACUUGCACCCCAAAUCGCCUUACGGUUGUUUGGACUUCAGCGGGGUCUUUUCUAUGUCUGUGGGAAUUUGUUUCGGGCAGAAAGCACGGACAGAGAAGGACCACAGCAUUUCUCAACAAGGAUAUUUUGUCACAUUUGAAGACCCCAGGCUUUUGUUAUCCAUUUAAAAAAGACACACUCCGUUCCCCCCCCUCUACCCGGUCCUGUGAUACAGGUGUUGUUGCCGUCCUGUGACGGAUUUUUCCUCUCAGCAGUCGGGUGUAAGGAGGAGAGGAAGCAAAGAUGCCGAAACCGAUCAAUGUCCGUGUGACUACCAUGGAUGCAGAGCUGGAGUUUGCCAUCCAGCCGAACACUACAGGAAAACAGCUCUUUGAUCAGGUGGUGAAGACGGUGGGACUGCGGGAGGUUUGGUUCUUUGGCCUACAGUAUGUGGACAGUAAGGGCUACAUCACAUGGCUCAAACUCAAUAAGAAGGUGACCCAGCAGGAUGUGAAGAAAGAGAACCCUCUGCAGUUCAAGUUCAGAGCCAAGUUCUUCCCUGAGGAUGUCUCAGAGGAGCUAAUCCAAGAGAUCACCCAGAGACUCUUCUUCCUGCAGGUGAAGGAGGCCCUCCUAAACGAUGAGAACUACUGUCCCCCAGAGACAGCUGUGUUACUGGCGUCAUACGCUGUCCAGGCCAAGUAUGGAGACUAUGGCAAAGAUGUGCACAAGCCUGGGUACCUCACCCAUGACAGACUGCUGCCUCAGAGAGUCCUGGAGCAGCACAAGCUGACCAAGGAGCAGUGGGAGGACAGGAUACAGACUUGGCAUGAAGAACACAGAGGAAUGCUCAGAGAGGACUCAAUGAUGGAGUAUCUUAAAAUCGCCCAGGACUUGGAGAUGUACGGAGUCAACUACUUUGAGAUCAAAAACAAGAAGGGAACACAGCUGUGGCUGGGUGUGGACGCCCUUGGCCUUAACAUCUAUGAACACGAAGACAAGUUGACACCAAAGAUCGGCUUCCCCUGGAGUGAGAUUCGAAACAUCUCUUUCAAUGACAAGAAGUUUGUCAUCAAGCCUAUUGACAAGAAAGCACCCGACUUUGUGUUUUAUGCCCCAAGACUGCGCAUCAACAAGCGGAUCUUGGCGUUGUGUAUGGGUAACCAUGAGUUGUACAUGAGGAGGAGAAAGCCCGAUACUAUCGAGGUGCAGCAAAUGAAGGCUCAGGCCCGGGAGGAGAAGCACCACAAACAAAUGGAGAGGGCCCAGCUGGAAAAUGAGAAGAAGAAGCGAGAGCAUGCGGAGAAAGAGAAGGAGAGGAUAGAGCGCGAGAAAGAAGAGCUCAUGGAGAGGCUGAGACAGAUUGAAGAACAGACAAUGCGAGCCCAGAAAGAGCUCGAGGAACAGACUCGCCGGGCCUUGGAGUUAGAGCAGGAGAGAAAGAGAGCGAGGGAGGAGGCAGAGAGGCUGGAGAGAGAAAGGAAAGCAGCUGAGGAGGCCAAGGCUGAGCUGGCAAAACAGGCCGAAGACCAGCAGAAGAACCAGGAACAGCUGGCUUCUGAACUGGCUGAAUUCACAGCAAAGAUCGUUCUCCUGGAAGAAGCCAAGAAAAAGAAAGAUGAGGAGGCCACAGAAUGGCAGUCUAAGGCUCUGUCAGCGCAGGAGGACCUAGAGAAGACCAAGGAGGAGCUGAAGACCGCGGUAACAGUGGUGCCAGCUCCUCCGGGCGGCAAUGCUGAGCAUGACGAGCAGGAUGAGAACCAUGCAGAGGCCAGCGCUGAGCUCUCCAAUGAGGGCGUCAGCCAGCUAGAUCUUCGCAGCGAGGAGGAACGCGUCACCGAAGCUCAGAAGAAUGAGCGGGUGAAGAAACAGCUGCAGACGUUAAGUUCAGAGUUGGCCGAGGCCAGAGAUGAAACCAAGAAGACACAGAACGAUGUCCUACACGCCGAGAACGUGAAAGCAGGCCGAGACAAAUACAAAACGCUGCGUCAGAUCCGAUCGGGCAACACGAAGCAGCGCAUCGAUGAGUUUGAGUCCAUGUGAGAACAGGACCUCUGGCGGUCUUGUUCCUGAACUUUCCCCUCAACGGCUGCUCGCUUUUCAUGGACAACAGAUGCUGCCAUACUCGAGUCCUCCUCAACACCUUCAUUCCCAAACCAGGCAAUCUUGAGAAUUCAUCUCGUCAAACUUUGCCAAAGUCCUUUCCCACAUCUCCGCUCGGAAACUUUCGGAUAUUUUCCUACACGCCACUCUGAACAAGCAAGCUAUCAUCCUACUGCAGAGAUGAUUUAUAAUCCGUAAAUGCAGGAGGAAAGAAAAACUAUUAAACCAAAAUGAAAGCAAUUGGAUUGUUUUAUUUUGAGCAAACAUGGCCAUAGAAAGCUACUUUUGUUUUUUCUUUUUGUAUUUGCUUGACCACUUGUAUGCAAAGCUUUAGUAUGAUUCCAUGUCUUCAGUUAAAGAUGACCUUUUCUCUGCUUGUUUUUAAGUUCUUCUCUUCUGCUUUUGUUUGACUCGUUUUAUUGAUAACGCCCUUCUUUUUAGUUAAAAAGGAUAAAAAUUAGGUUGCUAUGUUUCUUCAGCGUUAAAGUUCUGCUACGUUAUCAUGUCAACAUAUCAUACACUAGAUAUGCUAGCCAUUACUCUUAUUUAAUCAAUUCCAACCAUAGGAAUUGUUUAUAUAACAAUUACACUGCAGUAUUUUAAUAGUUUUAUUUUCAGGCAGAAAAUCAAGAAUAUGAACAUUUUCAGAUUUUGAAGAAGACCCCUGUAGGGAAAAGAGCCACCCAUCUUGUCACACGGCAGGUUUUGAUGAUCGAAUGUAGCAAAGGUAACAAAGGGAAAGUGUUUUUUACAUGCAGAGGUGAUAGAAUAGCAUGUAAUGAGCUUUUGCCACUGAGCUAUCGCCCUCGAGCUUGAAAGUGUUAUGAAGAUAAGCUAAUUGUGUGUGUGUUUUCCAGUUGCAUCCCAGUGUUUCACACCCAGUCACUAUAGAUGGUUUUCUCUGCCUACCAGCUCACAGAGGAAUCCAGGGUAUUAAAUAGACAGACAGAGUAACAGAUAGAUGAGUAAUAAGUCCAGCCUGUUUUUCUGUCUGUCCAACUGUAUGAGUGUGUGUGUGUGUGUGUGUGUGUGUGUGAGAGAGAGAGAGAGCGAGAGAGAGAGUGAGCAUGUGUACAGAUGUGGACGCUGGCACCUCUCUGGCCGGGGAGCUUAUGAAAACAUCAGUCCCAACCCGGGACAAAUCUCUACCUCAGUAAUGUUAGCAGUGGUGACUGACAGUCAAACACUCAGGGUGUCCCCCCUCCCUCCC